AUGAAACAAAUGCUGAAGAAGGCUGGGCUUAAUCCAAACAAACACCUCCCUGAUCACAGCGCCAGAAAAUACCUUGUCCAGAAAUUGAAUGACAACAAUGUUCCUGCGAACCAGAUUAUGCAAACAUCGCUCAUGAAAAAGCUAGCUAAGAUUGGAGGCAAGCAUAUCUGGCAUCAAGAUUACGGAUAUUGGUAUAACUACGGCAAGGAAAACAGCUGCCUGCAGGUGUUACCAGGAUCACACAAGAGCGGCCGUAUUGAGAACCUGAAAAUUGCCGCGCAACUGGGAGCAGAUAUAAACAGGGUUGAGGAAAAACGAAAACAUUUUCCGCUGAAGUAUAUCGAAAUGAAACCAGGCGACGCACUUUUCUUUCAUUGCAACCUCCUUCACUGCAGUAGCGCCAACACAAGUGGGAAAAGAAGAUGGGCUUUACUGUGUGCCUACAAUAGAGCUGUCAAUGACCCGAUAUGGGAUCACGAUAAUCCUCAUUACACCAAACUUGAAAAGGUGCCAAAUUCUGCCGUCCUGGAUUGCACGAACUUCACAGACAUGACAGGAAAUACGAUUUAUGGCGAAAAUCUGGAAAACAUUCCCGGAAGACGGAAAAUUUCACGAGAUGAACAAUAA